AUGACACUGCCACCUGGUAUGGUGGGAAAGGAUGGAUUCAAUGAAGGAUGUCAGAGUUUGCAGUGGGCAAAGGAGUGGGGAAAGAGUGGAGGGGAAUGGGGCAGAGGAAUGGGAGAAGUGAAGGAUGGGGAGGAGGUGGGAAAAGUGAGGGAUGGGGAAGAGGUGGGAGAAGUGGCUUUAUAUAGCCACACCAGUCCACCUUCCAACACCUCAACACUUGUGACGUAA